GAGAGAGAGCGAGAGCGAGAAAGAGAGGGAGAGAGAAAGAGAAGAAGUGAGAGAGGGGAGAAGAGAGCGAGAGAGAGAGAACUAUACAAUUUGACGUUCAAGUCGCGAUCUACGAGCACACAUCAGUCCACUCUCAUUUCACCCUCCACGAUCGAUUCUGAAAGCUGCCGCUUCCCCUGGUAGUGGUAGACGAGUUGGGAAAGCCGGAAGACAAAAUGUCCUCACUCAUGGAAGCAUCGAAGAACAGCCCGUUCGCUAAACCGACGACAGUGCACCAUGAGGGGCAAUCCAGGGCGCAGUCACUUGUCGAAGGCCGAACCAUUUCCGCGGCUGCCGCACUGCCAGGCGACAGUUGUGAGUUUGGUUCCAACCACUAUUUCGUACUAUGUGGUAUUGGUGGUAUUUUGUCUUGUGGCAUUACCCACACAAUGGUUACCCCCCUUGACUUAGUCAAAUGCCGUCUUCAAGUAGAUUCUGCUAAAUACAAAUCAGUGGUGAAUGGAUUCCGUGUAACCUUAGCUGAAGAUGGUACCAGAGGCUUGGUAAGGGGCUGGGCUCCUACAUUCUUUGGAUAUUCCAUUCAAGGAAUGUUUAAAUUUGGACUCUAUGAAGUCUUCAAGGUUCUAUAUGGAAAUAUGAUUGGAGAAGAGAUGUCAUACGAAUACAGAACAAGUCUAUAUUUGGUAUCUUCAGCUUCAGCAGAGUUCUUUGCAGACAUUGGUUUAGCUCCGUUUGAAGCAUCUAAGGUGAAAAUUCAAACCACACCUGGAUUUGCCAACACAUUAAGAGAAGCAAUGCCAAAAAUUAUGCAAGAAGAAGGAAUGAGUGGAUUCUACAAGGGGCUGGUACCUUUGUGGCUUCGUCAAAUUCCAUACACUAUGAUGAAAUUUGCUUGUUUUGAGCGUACUCUUGAACUUUUAUACCAACAUGUUGUACCUAAACCUCGGUCAGAAUGUACCAAAGGAGAACAAUUACUUGUAACCUUUGCUGCUGGUUACAUUGCUGGAGUUUUCUGUGCUAUCGUGUCACAUCCUGCUGAUUCGGUGGUAUCUGUGCUCAACAAAGAAAAAGGAACAUCUGCUGGCGAAGUCCUGAAGAGAAUGGGCUUUGUUGGUGUCUGGAAGGGUUUAGUACCUAGAAUUGUAAUGAUUGGUACGCUUACGGCUGCACAGUGGUUCAUUUAUGAUGCUGUUAAAGUGUACUUGCGUAUGCCACGCCCUCCUCCACCAGAAAUGCCAGAAUCUCUCAAGAAGAAGUAUGGACUUGCUUAAAUCUUAAUAUUUGAAAAAUGGAUCAUCCAAUGGAAUAGAGAAGAAAUUAGGCCAAGUCAACUGCCUUCCUCAAAAACAAAUAUUUUAAAAAAUAUUAAAAUUUAAUUAUAAUAUCAAUUUCAAAACAUAAAACUGUUCAUUCAUUAAUUAAUAAUUAAUUUAUUAAUUAAUGUUAAUUGAUUUUCAUUCUUAUGACGUACAGGAAGGUAAUUAUUGAUGCUGUAAUGGUUGUCCAUCAUUAGCAUAUUCAUGGUACUAGCAAGAUUGAGUUAGUACUCCCUUGUGGCAAUAUUGCAUAUUGCCAUAAUGUAAAUAGGACGAUCACUAAAAUAAAUAAUCAAAUUACACCACUGUUCAAAUAGUCAUGUU